UCCAGCCUUGUUUUCAAAGAACUUAACUAUCAACACCAAAUCAAUUUUAACACAUUUCAAAAAAUCAUCAGAUUUUAUAAAUCAUCGAUAUAUCAUAUCAAUUGAUCCAUUAAACGUCGAUAUAUAUAUAAGUCACUACUGUCACGAUGUCAUCAUUCAAGUUUCCCACUUUUCAAUCUAUUCAAGAAUCCUUACCAACUGUUGAUCAAGUUAAGGAAUCAUUAGCUAAGGUUAAUGUUAGUAAGAAUGUUGAUCAAUUUAGAGAACAAAUCACUCCCUUUGCUAAUAAGACUACUCAAUUGAUUUCUACUCAAUUACAACAAGUUCAACAAUUGGCUAAUGCUAAUUUAGUAGGUGAUUCUAAAAUUGAAGUUAGUCAAUUACCAACUGAAUAUACUGAAUUAGAAAAUAAUUGUGAUUUAUUAUUAAAAUUAUAUACUGAUUUGAUUCAUUAUAAUAAUGAAACUUAUAGUAAAAUUAGUUAUGAUUAUCCACCUGGUAAUUAUGCUAUUAAUAAAAUAAGAGAAGCUAAUGUUGGAGGAGUUCUUUCAUCUAAAUUUAAUCAAUUAAAGAAUGUAUCAUCCCCUCAAGAAUUAGAAAAUAUCUUAUUAGGUAAACAACAAGAAGAUAUUAAUGCCCAUACUACUGAACAUGAUGAAGAAUUAUCGAUUCAAACCACUUCAGCUAAUAUUCCAAAGACUUUAUAUGGUCAAUUAUCAGUUAUUACUGAAAAACAUAGUGAAGAAUUAAAAUCAUCAAAUAACGCGUUAUCAUUAGCUUUAUUACAAAUUUCAUCAACUUAUUUAGAAGUGGCUAAUGCAAGAUUAGACCAAGAUAAAAAAAUCAUUAAGGAUGUUAAUGAUAAAUUAGUGGCUAUUUUAAAUGAAAAUUUCAUUAAAGUUACUGAAUUAAGAAAAACAGUUUAUGCCACUAGAUCUGAAUUUGAUUUAUUAAGAUCCAAAGUUGAUGAAAAUGAUCAAGAAAAUGAAGAAUUAAUUAGUAAAGAAGAUGAAUUAGUUAGUGCUACUGAAACUGCUGUGGUUGAAAUGAAAAAAUUAUUAAAACCUUCUAAAAAUAUUAAUCUUUUAAAGAUUUUCAUUCAAGCUCAAAGAGAAUAUUUUGAAUUAAGUGCAAAGAAAUUAGCUAGUUUAAGUGCUAGUUUAGAUACUAUUGAAGUUAAUGAUGAAGAUGAAGAUGAUGAAUAAGUAUAACCUUGUCAUUCUUUUUAUUUAUUUUAAUUUUAUAUAGUCCUUUUUGCUGUUUUUCAUUUAUAUUAUUAUUUGCUUCUUCUUCUUUAUUGUCUUUACACUUUUUUUUUUAUAUUUUAUUUCACUUUUAUAUUAUGUUUAGGGGGGAAAUUUUAUAUAUAGCUUUUUAUAUUGGAAGUAUU